AUUCCAGAUUUCCACUCUUGCUCCUCGAUCUUCUUUCUAGGGCUCGUCAAUUUGCUCGUUCCUCAAUCCAGAUUCCAUUAUCAUUCUCUGGACUGCUGAAGUUUAUCGUAAGAAUGGAGUCGAGCAUACUCAACGGGCUGGAUUCCCCUCACUCGAUGGGAACCACCAUUAUCGGCGUCACAUACAAGGGCGGCGUCGUCCUCGGUGCCGAUUCUCGUACCAGCACUGGGAUGUAUGUGGCGAAUAGGGCAUCUGAUAAGAUCACUAAGCUCACUGAUAAUGUCUAUGUUUGUCGAUCUGGAUCGGCUGCAGAUUCACAAAUUGUUUCAGACUAUGUUCGCUACUUUCUCCAUCAACACACGAUACAACUUGGACAACCUGCAACUGUCAAGGUUACUGCAAAUCUUGUCAGAUUAUUAUCCUACAAUAACAAGAGCAUGCUACAAACUGGGCUUAUCGUUGGUGGGUGGGAUAAACAUGAGGGUGGCAAAAUAUAUGGAAUACCUCUUGGAGGCACACUAUUGGAGCUGCCAUUUGCCAUUGGAGGAUCUGGUUCCUCCUAUUUAUACGGCUUCUUUGAUCAGGCAUGGGAAGAAGGAAUGACCAAAGAAGAGGCUGAGAAGUUGGUAGUCAAAGCCGUGUCACUUGCCAUUGCUCGGGAUGGGGCUAGUGGUGGUGUUGUUCGAACUGUGACUAUAAAUUCAGAAGGUGUCGAAAGGAAAUUUUUCCCGGGUGACACUCUUCCACUAUGGCACGAAGAGAUUGAGGCACAUGAAUCUCUCUUGGAUAUUUUGGCAGCGGGCAAUCCCGAGCCAAUGGUUGGUUAGUUGAACGAGAGGUCAAGCACCCCCUCGCCCUUGUAAUAGUCCUCCUGUAGGACGCUUCGAUUAUCUCUAUUCCCUUCUGUGAUGGAUGGUGUUUGAACUGAUGAUGCCUGUAUACGCGCCUCACCCGUUUCACUGAUUGUCCAUGUACCAGUUACUAUUAUUGUUGAAUGUUUUUAGACUUACUACUAUGUGUUUUAUUUAUAUUAGUGACGUUCGAGUGUAAGAUUUUUAAGGCAGUUUGGUAAAUCCAGAGUCUGUUUACUUUGGAUGAUUAUGCCGAAAUGACGUAUUAAGUUAUUAUUGCAUGUUUAAACUUUGUUUGUUUUAAUUUAAAGUAUUGUGUAGUCGAAAAAGAAAUGAUAAUUAACUUCUAGAUCAUAU